AUGCCGUCUCCCGGUCAGGACCACGCCGCGGCAUCGCCGCGCUCGAGCUUCGUGCUGCUGGAUAGCAACGGCCAGUACUCUCCCGGUACACACAGCGACGGAGGGACUCUACGUACCCGGCCCGAACCGUACCGCACGCCUCAUUCUCUGCAUUCUUUACGUCGUCUAUACCCGCCUACACCGACAGCCCACAGCGAUGACGACGGCACCCGAAGCGAAGGUGGAGGCCAUCGCGCUAACCUGCGACGUCGAGAAUCCAUCAGCGACCUGUUUCCGAUGCCUGGAGCCAGCGUCUUCACCACUCCAGCCAAUAUUAUGCCCACCCGAGAAGCUUCGAUUCUCAUUGACACAGACGUACAACAGGUUGCAGCACAGGACCCAGGACACAGACUAGGAGUGCAACCUGCAGGCUCAUCGAUAUUGCAAUCAGUGCUGGAACAGAAAGGCGAAGGACGCGGUAGCAGACUCACGAGCUCCACUAACGCAUCUGCACGAAAUGAGGUGUUAGAAGGGGAGAGUUUGGGCCACAAUACGCCUAGUGAGAACACCAGGUCACGCAGCAGUUUUCUAGACGGAAUUCCACCCAUGGAGCCUGUAAAACGUGGCGCUCGCUGGGCUUUGAGACUGCGGCGAUGCUGUAAGUGGCAGAACCGACAGAUACAUCGCUGGCGGUUGAGACACAGAAUUGUGUCGCUCUGGAGACGCUUGAUGCCCAAUUGGGACUCGUUCGAACUGAACGUGACGUUGUCAAUGGCGGUGAUUGGUGUCGCGCUCGCUGUGGCCAUUGCUAAGGUCCUUUCGGAUGCCACACCCGAUCAGCUUCACAUGGUGGCGCGCUGUGCUCUACCUGGAGGUAUGGCAAGCUACACGGCGUCGACAGCGUAUUUGGCUGGAGUUAUCAUCCCAACAGUGAACAACGUCGUGUUUUUCAUCGUGGCACUGUGGAUGGGGUUGCUUUGCAGCCGCAGUCGUAAACGUGUGCUUCGAAGUGCACCAUGCAGCAUCAGCUCCAACCUCAAGUCGGCGUUUAUGCUUCCGUGUUACGAAGCGAUUUGGUAUACGAUCGCUGCGCUGUCAGCUGCUGGAUUGGUGUUGUACUUCGUGAGCUUCCAAGCGUACAAGAGCGACAAUGACAAGACGUACAAGCCGUUGACAUUGGAGGACGACCCCAACUACCCAUGCAGUGUAGUUACCAUGCCUUCCGUCUGGGUGUUGCAGCUAUUGCCGAUGCUCAUGAUCCAGCGUAGUGUCUCUCAAGAAGCCGUUCUUCGCGCCAUCUCGUACUCUGGCGCGGUGUGUGUCGUCUUAGUGAUCUGCUACAUGACGUUGUACAAGGUUGGCCACGACCUUGCAGACGCGAUCGCGAUGGUCAUUUACAUUCUGCUCUUGCUGUUCUACUUCUGGGCCAAGUUCGUCUUCCACGCGCGAGCCACUUUCGACUUCUUUUUCGUCACUGCUGUGGUCACUUCGUUCGCUAAUAUCUUGAGUUCCGUCAUGGGAAUUGCGCAUGUGGAUGCAGCCACCACGUUGCCGAUUGUUCACUGUAUUGCCACGGGACUGGACUCGCUUACUGUCGUAGCGGUGAUGCUCUCACUACGUGCCGAUACUCGCUACUGGCUGGCUAUCGAUGACAGCGGAACGGGUACAAGUGCGUCAUCCAGUGCAAUGCGUCGGUACGUGAAUUUACUCUCGGAGCGUGGCAUGAUCACGAAUUUCUCCACUCGCACCUCGGUAUAUGACGUACACCACAUGAUCGAGGAGCACCGACACAACGUUGUGGACUUCUCAGCUCUAGCUUUGGACUGCAUUAUCGCCCAAGGUGCUACGUCCAUUGUGAUGCGUGGGACGCUACGUCGAAACACCCGUGUCCCCAUCGCACUCAAGAUCUACACCGACGUACAAGUCACAAACGAGGAAGUGCAGCGAUUCUCCCGGGAAACAGCUUUGAACGUUCAGCUGUCGCAUCCCAACGUCGUGCGCUUCUUCGGUCUCUGUGUAGUCCCACCGUCUAUCUCUCUCAUCUUCGAGUUCUGCGAAUACGGCGCAUUGGACGCAACAUUACGUGAGAACCCUGAGAUCUGGACACUGGCAGCGAAACUCAAGGCGUGGCUGGAUGCAUGUCGCGCUGUGGCUUAUCUGCACAGCUUCUCGCCUCCAUUACUGCAUCGUGACAUCAAGACUGACAACUUCUUAGUGGGUCAAGACUUCCUCAUCAAGCUUGCAGACUUCGGAGAAGCCAACUUGUUGCGUCCACGCUCUGAUGGCACCAUGACGAUUGCCGGUACCGUCGACUACAUGGCUCCAGAGAUGAUUAAAGGCGGCAAGACAGCACGAUACGGUACAGCUGUGGACGUGUACAGCUUAAUGAUCACCUUGUGGCAGAUCAUGGUGCCAAGUCGGAGUCCAUGGGAAGCCAAGUCGCAUCUGGAAGUCUAUCGCGCCGUGGAGAAUGGAGAGAGACCUCCACUACUUCCCACGAUCCCGAAAGGCUGCGCGGAGAUCCUUGAAGCAGGUUGGGCGGCUAACCCAAGUGAUCGUGUGGCUGUGGAGGACAUUAUCCCUUCUGUCCAUCGCCUGUGGCUGCUCGCAAUGCACCAAAAGCCUCUCAAACGCACCGAAUGUUGA